UCAAAGUAUUUCUUUCCCUCGUCGUCUCCGUUGCUUCUAAACUACGGCAAGGAAAACUCAUCGGAACUUUUCUCCUUUUAACUAAUUUCCACUUUCCAAAAGAAAAACCAAAUCUCUUUUUUGUUAAACUCUUAGUUCGAUCUCUUACUUUCAAUGGAUGAAUCUUCGUAUUGGAAUCUUCCUUCUAGUCAUUUACUGGGCUCAGUCCCCGCUGUUGUUAAUGAAGAAAGUGAAGCCUCGUAUGGCAGAAGAGGAGGUGGUGGCCGAGGUUAUCAAACUCUUGGACCUCCGACCGAAGGAUUUGAACAACAAUCACAAAACAACUGGAAGGGAGUGUUUAGUAUCUCAUCAUACACACAGUAUUUUGAUGUAGAUACAGAUGUUGUCGUAAACAGAUUGAUAAGUUCCUUUUAUCCUGCCGGUGGAGACUUUUUCAACAAGAUUGGCGCUAACCCUGAUCUGUAUGGGCUUAUCUGGAUCACAACUACAUUGGUCUUUAUGCUUGCGGCCUUUGGAAACUGUGCCACAUACCUUAUUCAAAAGCGCACUGAUCGAACUACUACUUGGAGCUUUGAUGUUGGCUAUGUAAAUGCAGCAGCUUGUGGAAUCUAUGGUUAUUCACUCGUGGUGCCAGUGGCAUUUUACUUCUUGCUUCGAUAUCUGGGUUCAAAUGCUAGCCUUAUACGAUUUUGGUGCAUGUGGGGUUAUUCACUUUCCAUUUUCAUUCCAACUGCAUUUCUACUGCUUAUUCCAGUUGAGAUUCUCCGAUGGAUCAUCAUACUUGUUGCCGGUACGGCCUCAUCAUGCUUUGUUACCUUGAAUUUAACAUCCUAUAUUGGUGGCAGUAAUGAUCUUAGAAUGAUGAUGAUUGCUGCGUUCUUGCUGCAAAUGGCCCUUGCAAUCUUUAUCAAGGUUUGGUUCUUUCCAUAAACCUUACAAAGUCAUCCUAUGCGGGCUAUCUGAGCACCUAAAAUCCGAACUCUGUUGUGUUUACUCUGUUCCGGGGAAAUAUGAAAAAGGAGAACAGUUUGAGCAAAAGGCCUCUUGAAGAAAAGCUUGUGUAUGUUUUUGGAUUCCUUGUAGUUUAGUGGUAAAUUUGAAACACGCAACGGAUGUGUGUCAUAGGAGUAGAGAUGUUUUUGAUGAGGUGCAGCAACGCGCUACUAAUUGCGUUUCUUUGGAGUGGGUUAAUCGAAUUGACUUGGUGCUGUUGGCCUACAACUUUUAAUAGACCAACAAAAUGAGAGAAACUAGAAGCUUCUGUGUAUAUACGGGUUUUCAUGGUCUUUUUGCCAGUCUGUAAUUGUUACUUCACAUCUAAAAGCAGACUUUUGUAUCAAAAAAUAGGUUCUCUUUAAACCCUAAA